AUGGCCGCGCCGGGACGCGGGGCGGGGAGCGGGGGCUGCGCUGGGCUUCUGGGGCGGCGGGGCCCCCGGAUCCGGCGGCCCGCACCCCCCCACCCCCCGGGAAGGUGGGGGGGCGUGGGGCUGGGGGCGCCCGCAGGGGAGGGGGCGCUGCCCGGUGGGCGGCGCGUCCGGCGGGGUGGGCGGCCUGGACGCUUCCUGCGGGGCUGCCGGCUUCCUCCUAGCUCGUGGGGGGCAUACUCUCCGCGGCGGGACCGGGCGGGCGGGGGCGGGCGCGGGGCGGGGCGGGGGCGGCGGCGGCGGGCGCGGCGUGUCUCGGGGGCCCCGCGCCGCCCGCCGCGCGUGUGGACGGUGCGUGUGGCUGCGCGUCGGCCGGGCGAGUGUGCCGCGGGCGGGGGCCGCGGGGGCCGGCUCGGCCGAGCGACGGCAGGAGGCGCUGGGCGCCCGCGCGAUUGGUCCCCGCGGGGUCAUGUGCCCGCCCCUCUGACGUCAAUGGCGGCAACGGCGGCGGCCACCGCGGUUUCGGCCUCUCGCGGGCGGAGUCCGCGGGCCGGGCGGGGACGGGGGAAGGCGCGGCCCGACGGGAGGGGCGGCCCGGGGAGGGGGCUGGGCGGGCGAGCCCCGACAGGCCCGGGCCCGCCUCGCCCGGGUGGGGGAGGGGCGCGUGACGUCACGCCGGCCGCGCCCCCGCCGGUGCCGGGGCGGGUGCUGAGCCGGGCGGGCCUGCGGGACCACCGCCCCCGGUGCCUACCGCCGGACCCGGAGGGAAGACGACGGGACACGACGGCUGAGGCCGGGAACCAGCCCAGGAGAGAAUCAUCUCGGAAGGGCCUUUGUGGAAGGAACCACAGUGUCGCAGACUCCAGCCUGGAAGCAAAAAAUUCCCUUUUUGCCAUCACAGGCAGCUUCUCAGGCCACCUCGAAAAAGCCCAACUCCUCGGCCAAGCUUUUUUACCUCCAUUCCAUCCGGCAGCUAAUGACGUUAAAACGAAGAAGCCCAUCCCUGGCUCUCCCCAACCUCUGUGGAAGACACCAGCCCAUUGGGUUUCUGUGGCUGAAUGAUGUGUCACAGUUAUCCCUCGCUGUCACGGCACUCCAGACUCUGCAAAGCAUGGUCCAGCCCCUUGAGGGUCCACCCUUCCAACAUGGAACUUGAGAGGUUUACAGAGCAACAGGAAGUGCACAAGCAGUGCAUUCAGCCUUCACGCCCCUCGGGCUCCCGCCGGCCUGUUCACUAAGCAAAGUCCAGCUCACCAGAGAACCUUUCGUUUUCUGAUUCUUUGCUGGCGGUGCCUCCUUGUCUGAGGUCUGCCCUCAUCUGAAAACUACCACUCUGGGUCAGUGUGGGGGUUCACUCCUGGGUUGCAUUGGUGGAGGACUGUGCCAAGCUCUGUGCUAGGAGCUGGGACACCAUGGUGGACAGAUAGUCUGCUGCCUUCAUGAGCUCCCAGUCUCAGCUCCUGGUCCUCUGAAGUUUCCCCUGGAGCUAAUUCAGAAGAGAAAAGACACACCUCCCACCAGGCUGCCAGUGAAGGAAUCUGAAGAGGUGGUACAGUCCCUGCUGGGAAGGAGAGUAACAAGUCUGAGGGCCAGCCCAGGAGGAAUUGAGCCGAGCCCCCUUCCAGCAGCCACACCUGUUGUCCCCUCCGGGUGGUCUCCAGUGGAGACCUGACAGCCUUUGCAAACCUCCCUC